AUGCACCAUGAUUGUUCCACACCAAUCGUUCAUUGGGACAUAUCGAGCAAAAAUGUGUUGUUGGAUUUCAAAUAUGAAGCCCAUGUCUCAGACUUUGGAAUUGCAAAAUUUCUCAAGGAGGAUUCUUCGAAUUGGUCAAAACUAGCAAGGACUUAUGGAUAUGUUGCACCGGAGCUUGCUUACACUAUGCAUAUUACUGAAAAAUGUGAUGUUUAUAGUUUUGGAGUGUUGAUAUUAGAAAUAAUCAAAGGGGAUCAUCCAAGAGAUUUUGUAGCCUCAUUUCCAUCUUCAACUCUCACUGAUAUGUUGGAUCCACGACUUGCAACUCCCUCACGUGAUGUCCAGGACAAACUCAUAUCUAUCAUUGAGGUUGCCUUUUCUUGCUUGGAUGCUAACCCAAAAUCCAGACCCACCAUGCAGAUUGUUUGUCAACGGUUAUGCAACUAA